AUGGAAGCAAUGGAUAUCCCGGUCCCGCGAAAGUUUUAUGAUGAUAUCCUGCGCAUUGAGGUUACUGGGCCGAAGCAGCCACACCUGACCAUGGUAGACCUCCCUGGUCUAUUCAGAGCAGGCAACAAAGAGCAAUCUGAUGCCGAUGUCGCCACAGUACGUAGCAUGGUUGAGAAAUAUAUGGCCCGACCAAGAAGCAUCAUUCUAGCAGUAGUGUCGGCUAAGAACGAAUAUGUUCUUCAGGAAGUGACCUCAAUGGCUAAAUACGCCGACCCAGAAGGGCUACGAACCAUGGGGCUCAUCACAAAGCCUGAUACCCUAGACGUUGGUUCUGAUUCCGAGGGCUACUGGGUACGCCUCGCCCAGAACACUGAAGUCGAACUCCGGCUCGGAUGGCAUGUUCUAAGAAACCGCAACUUUGAGCAGCGAGGCUCGACCUCGGCACAACGGGACGAUAUUGAGAGGAGAUUUUUCUCAAGUGGCAUUUGGAGUAGUGUUGACCCGUUGCACUGCGGCGUGGAAGCUCUGAGGAACAGACUCAGUUCAGUCUUGACGAAUCAGAUUCUUUCUCAGCUCCCAAGUCUUGUCCAGGACGUGGAGACUGGCAUUCGUCAAUGUACAGAACAGCUGGACCGGAUUGGUCCUGUCCGGAAAACACGUGAGCAACAGCAGAAAUAUCUAUUACACGUGAGCGAAGGUUUUACUUCCCUCACAGAGCAGUCAAUUGACGGCGCGUAUAUGGACCGUUUCUUUGGCGAUAGGAAAGAGCGCAACGGAUAUCCUAGGAAGCUCAGGGCCGUCGUGCAGAACCGGCUGCUUGAAUUUCGCCAGGAGAUGCUCUUGAAUGGACAGAGCCAGACAAUCAUCGACUCAGAAAGUGAAGGCGAGAAUGAAAAUGAAUUGAGCGAAUCGCCGCGUAUUUCUAGAUCCCAAUAUGUCGAGCAAGUGGCAUCUCAUUUGAAGUUCAGCAGGGGGCGCGAGCUCCAAGGCCUCUUCAACCCGGUCAUUGUUGGCGAUCUCUUCGUAGCGCAGUCCGAGCCAUGGCGGAAGAUCACAGAACAACUGGUUGAAGAUAUUGUGAACUUUGCACAUCACGCAACUCAACUUGUGAUUCAACACGUUGCUGCCAGUGAUGUCGCUGCUGAGCUGCGCAAGUUCGUCCACGAAAAGAUAGAUCAGCUCAAAGUCGGGCUGGACGCCAAGGUCAAAGAAUUACUUGCCUCAGCUAAGCAACACCCCAUUACGUAUAAUCAGCAGCUCACGAACAAUGUUCAAAAUAUUCAGCAUGCCCGGUACAAGCGGAAUAUCAAGCAGCUCCUUAGAACUAUGUUUGGCUCGCAGCCAUUUGACGACGAGGACAAAAAGAUCUAUAUCAAUCCUGUGCAGCUAGUGGAAGAUCUAGCACAUGGCCUUGAAACAGACAUGGAACUUUCCGGAAGCUUUAUGGCGGUCGACUAUAUGGAGGCAUAUUACAAGGUAGGUUCUCGCCUGGAUAACAAAGUUGCUGUACGCUAA